GCACGACAUCGGGGGACAUGGACUUUGACAAGAUCUUGGAGAAGUGCGGCAAUGCGGGUCGCUAUCAGUACCUGAUGAUUCUGCUGCUCGGCUACAUCGCCUUCACCACCACCGUGCACUACUAUUCGCAGAACAUAAUCGGUUUUGUGCCGCAGCACUGGUGCUACCAUGAGAAGCUGGCGAAUCGGAGCUUUGAGGAUAUUGCGGCCAUUUAUGCUCCGUUCGGAAAGGAGGCAUCCUGCACCCGGCUGGACACAAUCGAAGGUGACAAGGUGACGGUGAGCACGGAGGUCUGCCAGCGUUGGAUAUACAACUAUGAUUACGGAUUUCGAAGCAUGAAUGCAGAGCUCAACUGGGUCUGUCAGGACGCUUACAAGGCGCGAAUCGGACAGUCACUGUUCUUUCUCGGAUCCUUAAUGGGCACCUUCACCUUUGGGAUGCUGGGUGACAAGAUUGGGAGAGUACGGGCUGUGAUACUGGCCAACCAAUGUGGAUUUGUGGGUGAUUUCCUCACUACCUACGCCUCGAAUCUGGUGCAGUUUGCCAUCUUUCGGUGCAUUUCUGGUCUCGCUGCCACGGCUAACUACUAUCUGAUGUUUAUUCUGGUGCUGGAGUACUUGGCCCCCAAGCUGCGUAACUUGGCCAUAAGUGGAACCCUUGGCAUAUGCUUCUGUCUGGGAGCCUUGGUGGCUCCUUGGCUGUCUGUGCUGGCUGGUAACUGGCGCAUCUACCUCACCUGCUCGGCCCUGCUCCAGCUGGUGGUGGCUUUGUUCUACUUCGUGGUCCAGGAGAGUGCCCAGUGGCUAAUCACAAGGACGAAUGUGGAGGGAGCAAUUGCCAGGCUGAAGCACAUUGCUCAUUUCAAUGGACAGGAGGUGCCGGCAAGUGAUUUCGAGGCCUUCAGGAGGCACUGCAUCGUCAAGAGAAAGCUCUCGAACCAACCAGAGCAAACGGCUGGAAUUAUUGAUCUUCUGCGGACGCCAAAUCUUCGAAAGACAUCCCUGCUGGUGGUGUUUACUUUCAUGUUGGUCUCGCUGAGUUUUAAUACAAUCUCCCGAAAUGUGGAGGGCCUGGGCCUAUCCCCGUUUGUGGUCUUCUCCCUCUUUGCCGUGGUGGUGCCACCCUCUGGAUUCAUCCAGGGACUCCUGCUGAGCCGUGUGGGACGCAAGGCCACCGCCUUUUUGGCCAUGCUCUGCACCGGGCUGCUGUCCUGUGCCCUGGGCGUGGCCCUGUCCACCGAAGGGGCCCAGCAGAAUGUGACCCUGCUGCUGGCCUUCGCCCUGCCCAUGCGUCUGGGCAUCUCCAUGUCCUAUACCGUUACCUCGCAGUUCUCCUCGGAGCUGCUGCCCACCUGUGUGCGUUCGCGUGGCAUUGCUGCCGUGCACCUGGCCGCAGCGGGUGCCUCCUUUGUGUCGCCCUAUCUGAUACAUUUGGGCACCAAGCUGGCAGCAGCCCCAUCCCUCAUCCUGGCCCUGCUCCUCAUGUCCGCUUCCAUGUGCACCCUGAUGCUGCCGGAGACGAACAACAGGCAACUUCCCAUUACCCUGGCCGAUGGCGAGGCCUUUGGCAAGGGCGACUCCAUGCUGUCCUUCGACUGUUGGCGCCGGAACGAUGACGAUGUGCCCAAGGAGCCGGCGGAGGAGGUUAGGCUGCAGCAGCUGAAUGGGCAGACCAAGCCGGAAGCGGAAGUGUAGUGAUAAACAAAGCACCAAAGGAAGUAUAGUAUUUCCCCAAAAGACUUUUGAGUCCAGCGAUUUCCUCAGGAGAUGAGAAAGCAGACAGACAAGAGAUAGUUGCGAAAUUUGUCAAUAGAUGUGAAGUUUGCUUUAUUUUAUCGAUUCACUGCUGUUCACAAUUUUUUUGUAACACAAUAUUAACUUAGCAACUUAGCAUUGAGCCAAUCGGUAUCGGUAUCGGUAUGGUUGCAGUUGUAUUAAGUACUUACUUGUAAGUAAAAGGUUCAUAAGUAUCUUGUAUCUUGUAUGUUGUAUCUUGUAUCUUGUAUUUUGUAUUUUGUAUCUUGUAAAUGGUUAUGUAAACUCUUGUAAUUAUGUAACGCUUAAAUGCCAUAAACAUAACGCUUACAAUGCUCUGCUCCAAUUGCCUUUUAGAAAGUCUUACAAACUCUGACAUGCAAUUUCUAAUCAUUCAAUUUUCAAUAUCAAUCUUCAGAGGCCGGAGCUCCGUUCUCUUUAAUCUUAAAUCUAAGUGUAAAGUCUAGCGCAAAGUGAUUUAGGGCCAAUAUCGCCGGUUGCCGCCAGAAUAUAAAACUAGACAGGAAACUAGACGCGCAACCGUUAACCGAUUGCUUUUUAGUGUAGCGGAAGGAUUAACUUAAUUACUCAGUUUCACAUGAUAUAAAAAGGGUGUCAGAGAUUGUUCCUAGGGCAGUACUGGAAUGCAGGAUAGAGUACUAUCAAUGAAACAACAUAGUUUUAUGAUUAUAUAGGAAGGCAACCGCAGCGUCUCUCGUCUAUUACUAUGUAUAUUUCCGUGUAUCUUACGUGUGUGAGUUGUGUUGUAUUCGCUAAAAAAGUUCUCUACAUUAACGCAACAGUGUUUAAUUUUUGCUUUUUGGGGGCGUGGCUCUUUGGCCUAACAUAUUUCCAUUGGGUGGUCUUACAUACAUUGAUAAUAAUCUAGCUGGGGUUCUUCUAUGAGCAAUUCUGGCGAAUGCUAACAAAUACAAUGGGUACAUAAAUAUUCUCUUCCGAUAUCGGGUAACCUUAUUCCUCGCAGCGUCGAAAAACGUUCUAUAGAAAUGACCUAUCGCUCAGGUUUUCAAGUAACAAAUAUAUUUUCCCUUUCGAGUGGCUUAAGACUAGGGAAUGCGAUCGCUUCGUCGCUUGUAAAGGGGAUAUAUAGUAGGUGGUAGGUAGGUUUACAAGUAUGUAUCUCAGUAGAUGUAUAUGUAUAAAGUAGGUAGGAGUGAAGUCUGCAUCCGGAUUGCGUAAUCAGCACUAGUUCACAAUAGUUGAAUCCGAAAUGCAUGUACACACAGUAAAAAGGUAAAAAGAUCGAUCUCCCCCAGUCCUUCCCAGUAGACUACGAUGCCAGAGACUGGGCGUGAGUGUAUCCUUAUAUAUUCGAGUAUAGCACCAUCUUCUCAGUGAG